GUGGGCUAAGUUCGAUUUCUUAUCGAUAUACGCGACGCCAUCGCUGUGACGCAGAAAUUUGUGUGUAAAAAAAUUAAGCUUCGCUAAUUUUGUUGUUUCUGCAAGUGUUAAUUAUAGAAAAGAGUGCAUCAAAAGUUGCACGGACGCAGGGUCCCCUAAGUUGAUGCCCCGAGCAGCGAGUAAACAAACGCUGCCAAUGCGCGACAUGGCCGACCUGGACGCAGUGAAUCUUGGCCUGGACGAAAACGAGGCGGACAUUGCCGAGGAACUGCAGGACUUUGAGUUCAACACACGCAGCGAGGCCUCCGAAUCGAAUGGCGGGGAGUCCUCCGACGACUCGGAGCCUAGCAUCAGUUCGGUGAGCACGGCCACCUCCUCGCUUGUGGGCAGCGGCAAGCGCAAAACCAAGACCAAGGUCAAGGAAGCAGUACCCCCGUUGGCCGAAAAGAAGGAGAGGCCGCAGCAGCAGCCCACCUCAAAGAAGACCAAGCGUGAGGCCACUCCCGAGGACCUGAAUGGGAGCAAAAAGAAAAAGCACACGGGUAGCGAGUCAAAGAAGCCGUCGUUGAGUCAGUCGUCCAGUGAGCAGCCGGCGGAUAAGUCCAAGGCCAAGUCCCCGCCCACCGAGGAGCGGGAGGCGCAGACGAAGAAGUCGUCGCGCAGCAAGAAGACCCCGAAUCCCAACGAUUCGGGCAACAAGAGCGAGGCAAGCGAUGCGGAGGACGAGAAGCCUGCCGUGCCGGCCCUCGAGUCGGACAGCGAGUCCUCCGACUCGGAUUCGGGCACACAGCACAAGCGGAACGGCGGCGGUGGGGCGCGUGGCAAAACCAACACAACGGCCAGCAGCUCAAAGAGCUCCACGCCCGAGAAGGACGGCGGUAGCUCGCAGACGCAGAAGGGCUACGACUACAUGACGAAGCUCAACUAUUUGUUCCGGGACACGCGCUUCUUUCUGAUCAAGUCCAAUAACAUUGACAACGUGCAGCUUUCGAAGGGCAAGAGCGUCUGGGCCACACUGCCACAGAACGAUGCCAAUCUGAAUCAGGCCUUCAAGGAGGCCCGCAACGUCCUGCUCAUCUUCUCCGUCAACGAGAGCGGUAAAUUUGCAGGAUUCGCCAGGAUGGCGGCGCCCUCCAGACGCGAUAUUCCCCAGGUGGCCUGGGUGCUGCCACCCAGCAUCUCCCCGAAGGCGCUCGGUGGCGUCAUUGAGCUGGACUGGAUCUGCCGCAAGGAGCUGUCCUUCAAUGCCACACUGCACUUGCACAACACAUGGAACGAGGGUAAGCCCGUGAAGAUUGGACGCGAUGGCCAGGAGAUCGAGCCCAAGAUCGGCGGGGAGCUGUGCCGCCUCUUCCCCGAGGAUGAACAGAUUGAAUUGACGCCGAUUCUGAAAAAAUCAAAGGAAACCGCCCGAGUGAUGAGGGAAAAGGGCAUGCACGUGAUCUACAAGCCUCCCAGGAGUCUUUCCUCCCGCGGUCACGGCCAUGGUAAUGGCGGUGGCGGCGGUGGUGGGAGGGGGGGAUCGGGCCACAAUCACCUCGGACCCAUGCGCCACAAGAGGAGCUACCAUGGACAACAGCAUCAGCAUCGGCCGUACCACCGACAUCCCCAUCACGGCAUGGGCGGCAUGCCACAAGGCGGUGGAGGCGGCUUCAAGCGCGGAGGAUCUCCCUACCGGCAAAUGGGAGGCGCCGGUGGCGGGGGAGCUCCAGGCGGACCCCCAGAGAUGUCGAUGCCAUCGUGGGAGCGUUACAUGUCGUCGGCCGCCGCUGCCGAGGCGUACGUUGCGGACUACAUGCGGAACAUGCACGGCCAGCUGCCGCCGCUGCCCUUCGUGCCCCCCUUCGCCCAGAUGCCACUGCCCGGGACAGCGGGAGCAGCCGGCGCCAUGCCCCCGGGGGCGACGGCCGCGAUGUACGAGCAGCUGCCACCGCCGGUGCGAUAUUACGAUGGCCCUGGAGCACCACCACUGCCAGAUUACCCGCCCCCGCAGCGACCACCGCCGCCAGGAUUCGACAAAGCGCCCAGCUACGAGGAGUUUGCCGCCUGGAAGAACGCCGGCUUGGCCACGGUGCCGCCGCCCGGGUUCCCCGUCUAUGGCGGCAGUGCUGCCAAUGGCGGGAGCAAUGGGGUGGCGGGAGGUCCACCGGCCCCGGGCAUGGGCGGAGCGGGAGUGGGUGGAGCUGCCGGCGGCGUGGGAGGAGGACCGGGAUAUCGCAAUCGAGACAACAAUGGUGCCGCGGGUGGCGGUCGUCGUCGGGAGUACGGGAAUCGCAGUGGAUCCUCGCGGGACUCGCGUUCGUUUCGGGGCGACCGUGGCGGCGGUGGCGGUGGCGGUGGCCAGCGAAGCUAUCGGGACAACAGGCGCUAGAUUAUCGACCAAUCUUAUCGGUAUCGGAAAAAGUGAAAGAAUUGUGUGCUCGCGUGUGUGAAAUGAGAAAAUUGAGAAUUCGUAACGGGUAUAAGAUUGUAGGGCGAUGCGAUCGUUUAAAAGAUAUACAUGAAAAUGAAAAUGAUAAUUCCUAGAGCCAGCUAUAUAAUCGAACAUAUAGCUGUAGCUAUCGACAGCUACCGAGCGAGAGGCUGGCGCUAUCGGCUAUCGAUACACCGCCACACUCCGACAACAACUCUCUUUCUCUCUUUCUGCAUCUCUCUCUCCCUCUGUCUCGCCGCUACCCCCGUCCCCCCGCCCCUUGAACCACCAUUUGAUUUACAAAACAAAAAACUUACGCAUAAGCAAAUUUAAACAAGAAAACAACACCUAAAUUCUAAUUAAAAAUAUUUUAAACCACAAAAAAAAAAUACAAAAUGAAAGAGAGAAAUUGUGAACUUUUUUUAUACGAAAAACGAUGAAAUGAAUAAGGAGAGAGACUUUUAAACGAAAGAGACGCCAAAGAGACACAACAGCCAACAACAAACAACCACAAGAACGUACCGUUAUUCAAAUCGAAGCAGUGAUGUGUGUGCAUAUGUGUGUUUUCCCACCCCCAACUCCUCCAUCCCGCAUCCCUGUGCUUCGCCCCCGGCCAAACCAAACUAAAAACAAAGCAAAAAAAAAAACCAGCCGAAACGAGAGUUGGACAGAGCGUUCCAUGGAACUAAGCUUCUCGAACGAAGAAGCGAAUCGAAGACAGUUUUUACAAGAGGAGUUAUCUAUUGGGAUCCGAACCCCAAACCACAAACCACAAACCAAAGCAAAGC